AUGCUCUACCAUCAACCCGAAAUCCCACUUGCUUCCCCACUUGCUUCCCCGCCCUCUAUCCUCAACCCGAAUAGCCACUUGCAAACCCUUACUGCUUGCCUUCCAUAUCUGCCACCUCCCCUAUCCCCCUCCAAUCUACAGGAAUUGUCUAGGCGUGUAGCAACACAUUUUUGCUUCAACAUUCAAGCUUCAAUGAUUCAGUUCUACCCAUCUGUGGAGGAGGCCUUAGAUCAUGGGUUUAGCGAGUUUGUGUCGCCACAGGUUCUGGCCUCGUUGCGUGUGCUCUUUCAGCACAACGAUGCCAGCACCAGAGGGGUCUUUUUCGAGCAGCUGUCCUCAACUAGGACUUCUAUCAACGGCUGGAUGAGAAAGGUGGCACUCACGGCGUUGGGUCGGCAGGCAAACAGGUGCUACUUGGGGAGGUUACCAGCAGAUCUGCUUGCACCACUCGAGUUCUACACGGAUGAGGAGCUCAUUGCACGUUACAAGGAUGGGGAGAGGGGGCUGGCAUGGCAUCGGGAGCUCCUCAUCCCUUGCGGCAGCCUCAUCUUCUCGGUGUCCAUCAAGUUGGCUUUGGCGCGUCGUGGGGUCAAUACCGAGAAGAUUAAGACCCGCCAGCUGGGUUGGAUCCUAUAUGCGUUUGAGUGGCCAAUCCUCAACAACGCGCCUGAUGGGAAGUUGAGCGGCAAGUGGGAGUACAAUCGGAUCCAGUACGAGGAGAUGUGCACCCGUGUGAAGCAGGAGGUCGAGAUCGCUGUCAUUGUCCAUGGUGUCCCAUACGCCAGCAACACGAACACAUUCAACUUCCCCAACUGCGUCUACAUCGACGCGUCUGACAUGGAGACCCUUGUCAGCAGGGUGCAGGUAACAUUGCUGAUUUCCUCCCAUCUCAUCCGUCCCCUUCCUCCCAUCUCAUCCGUCCCCUUCCUCCCAUCGCAUCCAUCCCCUUCUUCCCAUCUCAUCCGUCCCCUUCUUCCCAUCUCAUCCAUCCCCUUCCUCCCAUCUCAUCCGUCCCCUUCCUCCCAUCUCAUCCGUCCCCUUCUUCCCAUCUCAUCCGUCCCCUUCUUCCCAUCUCAUCCAUCCCCUUCCUCCCAUCUCAUCCGUCCCCUUCCUCCCAUCUCAUCCAUCCCCUUCUUCCCAUCUCAUCCGUCCCCUUCUUCCCAUCUCAUCCAUCCCCUUCCUCCCAUCUCAUCCGUCCCCUUCCUCCCAUCUCAUCCGUCCCCUUCUUCCCAUCUCAUCCGUCCCCUUCUUCCUAUCUCAUCCGUCCCCUUCCUCCUAUCUCAUCCGUCCCCUUCCUUCCGUCCCCUAUGCCUCUUUGCACAGGCUGCACGACCUGCACCAGCCCGGGUUGUCACCCCAAACCCGUAA